CGCGCAUUCUGUAAAUAAUUCUAAUUUUACCCCCCCGAACGAAAUCCACAAGUGGCACUUAAAACUAAAAAUAGUGAAAAAAUGGAAGCGUCGGAUCCUAUCUAGCGACGCCCAGUGCUCGGUGAUGUGGCGCUGCGAAAAUGACGUUGAUGGCCAUCGUCGCGAUGUCUUUGGCAUGGACGGCGGUUUCCUGCGACGAGACCGGCUUCCUGGACCUGCUGACAGCCGCCGACUGCAAGAACACCAUGCCGUGCGGGAUUCCGGCGCCCCGAGCCAUGCUGCUGACCGACGUGGUCGGCCUGACCAACACUACCAAGACGUUCCCGCACAUGGUGGUUUUCCACAGCUUGUUGCUUGUCAAAAGCUCAGAAGAAUCAAGGAGUGUGGAAGAAUGGAUUUUGGUGACUUGAAAGAUGAUCUUUCUAUUCAACAGAAACUCACAAACUUCAACAACAGUAUAGGAAAGAUAGACCAAAUGUUGGAAACUCUUCUGAAAUCGGACAUUUACGAAAAAUUGAGCCUCAAGCAGAAAGUAGAUUAUGAUUUAUUUCUGGCAUACAAUUUGAAUACUUUAUAUUGGCUAUAUUUGCGGAGCAAAAAUGAGGACCCCAACAAGAAUGAUGUCAAAAACCAAUUGAAUAGGAUUAAAGAAUAUAUGGUCAAGGCGAAACAGGCCCAUGAACGACAAACAAUAAGACCAAAGAUUGAUCAACAAGCAGCUGAGAGAUUUGUGAAACAUGGUGUUGGGUUCAGAAAGGAGUCAAACAACCAACCACCUCCAAACAAAAAAAUCAAAUUUUCAGAUUGA